AUGUCUUCCUCUCAUAAGGAGCGGACGAUGGAGUCGCGCACAGGAAGAAGCAAGCAGCGUUACAACUCCAAAGGCGAGCGUCUGGUUGCCGGCGUUGUUCCCCUCACAGAGGACAAGCACUACGUUCUCCUCAUCCAGUCUACUCGUAGAAAAGGCUGGGUGCUGCCCAAAGGCGGCUGGGAGACGGACGAAGAGUGCACCGAGGCAGCGGCCCGCGAGGCCUGGGAAGAGGCAGGCAUCAGCAUCGAGAUCAACUAUGACUUGGGAGAUAUCGUCGAGACUCGCCCGCCGAAGCACUCCAGCAAGGACUCGUCAAAGUCCUUGUACCGAUUCUACGAAGCGACAGUCGUUCGCCAAGAGGACAACUGGCCCGAGAAGCACAAGAGGGAGCCGACGCAUGCACCUUUCCUGCGCGAGCAUUACUGCAACGUCUUUAUUCACCGCGAGCCGCCCGGAUUACGCCUCGCCGCUGCUAUACACUUUGUCUCACGAAACGCAGACCACACAAGCCCCAAUGGCCCCUCGUACUCAAUCUCGGAACGGAGACUCUGA